GCCAUUUCUCCCCCAUUCGAGAACCUCUCAGCACCCACAGGACACAGCCACAGCAGCGGAAGAAGGCAAGAACUCGCGGAUGGGGAUGGCGGUGAGGAGGAGGGAGAGGGACGCGGAGGCGGAGCUGAACCUGCCGCCGGGGUUCAGGUUCCACCCGACGGACGACGAGCUGGUGGAGCACUACCUGUGCAGGAAGGCGGCGGGGCAGCGGCUGCCGGUGCCGAUCAUCGCCGAGGUGGACCUGUACAAGUUCGACCCGUGGGACCUGCCGGAGCGGGCGCUCUUCGGCGCCAGGGAGUGGUACUUCUUCACGCCCAGGGACCGCAAGUACCCCAACGGCUCGCGCCCCAACCGCGCCGCCGGCAACGGCUACUGGAAGGCCACCGGCGCCGACAAGCCCGUCGCGCCGCGGGGCCGCACGCUUGGGAUCAAGAAGGCGCUCGUCUUCUACGCCGGCAAGGCGCCUCGAGGGGUCAAGACGGAUUGGAUCAUGCACGAGUACAGGCUCGCCGACGCCGGCCGCGCCGCCGCCGGUGCCAAGAAGGGAUCACUCAGGUUGGACGACUGGGUGCUGUGCCGUCUCUACAACAAGAAGAACGAGUGGGAGAAGAUGCAGCAGGGGAAGGAGGUGAAGGAAGAGGCGUCAGACAUGGUGACCUCGCAGUCCCACUCGCACACCCACUCAUGGGGCGAGACGCGCACGCCGGAGUCGGAGAUCGUGGACAACGACCCAUUCCCAGAGCUGGACUCAUUCCCGGCAUUCCAGCCGGCGCCGCCGGCGAUGAUGGUGCCGAAGCAAGAAUCGGUGGACGACGCCUCCGGCGAGAGGGCCAACGCAGCCAUCCCAAGGAACAACAGCAGCCUGUUCGUGGACCUCAGCUACGACGACAUCCAGGGCAUGUACAGCGGCCUCGACAUGCUGCCGCCGGGGGACGACUUCUACUCGUCGCUCUUCGCCUCGCCGCGGGUCAGGGGGGCGACGCCCCGCGCCGGCGCCGGCAUGGGCAUGGCCCCGUUCUGAGGCGAACACGACGCAAAUUGCGAACAAACAGAUGGUUGACCAAUCGAGAUGAUGCUGCGACUGCAGCCGCUGUAAAUACAACGCCGCUGGGUCAAGAGAUGGCUCUCGCCGGCGGUGCCGCGGGGUGUAGCGUAGGGAGGGUGGGUGGGUGGGUGG